GAAGUAUAACUGAACUUCAUAAAUAAUUGAAUGAGGAUGAGGAAGGUGUUCCCAUGGCUGGCCAACGUGUCCCUGUACGGCUGUCUGUACGGGAGCGGUGAUGUGAUUUAUCAGCGCGCUACUCAGCAGCAGCUCGGCACCGAGAUCGACUGGAAGCGCACGAGGAACGUGGCGCUGGUGACGUUUUGUUUCCAUGGCAACUGGAACUACUUCUGGCUGCGCGCCCUCGAGCGCCGGUUCCCGGGCCGGUCCCUGGCCAUGGUGCUGUCCAAGGUAGCGCUGGAUCAGAGCUUCUCCUUGCCUAUAGUCACCAGCGUCUUCUACACAGGUGUGAGUGUGCUGGAGGGCAAAGAGGACGUCUUUGAAGACUGGAGGAAGAAAUUCCUUAACACAUAUAAGACUGGACUCAUGUACUGGCCCUUUAUGCAGGUCCUGAACUUUGUGUACAUGCCGCUGUACCUGCGCACCUUUUUCAUGGGCUGCUCGGCGUUCCUGUGGUCCAUGUUCCUGUGUUUCUCGCAGCGGAGCGGCGACGGCACGGCGGGCACGGCUCUCAACUGGUUAACCGCCACUGAGAAACAGAUCAUGAGCCAAAGCCCUAAUGGACAGAAGUAAUAAACAGCGACCCUGGUGCCUCCACUCACACACAUACAGACGCGUAUUGCACAAACCUUUAUUUAUACUGUAUAUAUACACAGUACCAGUCAAAAGUUUGGACACACCAUACUGUAAAAUUCAAGUUUUUUGUAUAGUGAUUUAUUUUCUAUUAUUAAUUUUGCAACAAUACCAGAUUUAUUUGGAUAAACGCCUUCAGUAUUGUUUUACAGUGGAGGAAGAGAGAAAAAUCAGGAUCGACCAUGGUAUUAGACAAUAUAUCCAAACUUUUGACUGGUAGUGUGUAGUGUGUGUAUCCUAUAUUUUUAUAUAUUUCAUAUUCUGUGUAUAGGUGACUUAAACAAUUUUUUUAACAGAAUCAGAAUACCUCAUAUGUCCAGGCAUAAUCGUUAUAAUAAUACGCACACAACAGAAAAACACAAAAGAACAGCCCACAACAGACAUGCGUUUUACACGGCUAACAAUUUAAUUGCUCUAGAUAGCAUUCAAUGAUAUUAUUUAAGAUGCCUAGAUAUUGUUCUCAUGUCGCUUCACUCGCUACCGUAACACAACCUCAUUUGUAACACAAUACACUACAUAUAUUUUUUAGAUCUGAUGUAAACUACUCUGUCAGGAGACGUUUAAAUAAUAUUUAGAGAAGGAGUCUCCAGUGUGAGAACAUUGUAAAAGUCUUUAUGUUGGUUUGUUGUU